UUUUUUGAGCUAAUACAUGAUUGUAGGUACCUACUCUAUUUAAUAGGUGUAUAUUUGCUACCUUAAUCAGUAUUUUAUCUUUUCAUUUCAAUCGUGGAUGUUUCUGAAAGUGAAAACUUACUUCUACUGCUUAUAAGCUACGCUUGAAUAACUACUACCUUCCCAUGUAGUAAUAAGUUAAUAAUUUGAAUUAACGUUUAAACCAAUCUUGAAUGAUUGAAUUAUUGAAUCAGUUUUUUAUUGGAUUUUUGAUGAAGGUAUGGUGCCUAAUUAUUAGAAAACUUCGAAUGAGACAUCGUUUUAUAUGAAUCGCAGAACUGACCAUCGGAUUCCAUCUGUUUCCUUCUUCGAUACCUGUUGUGUGUUUAUAAGAUAUCGAUAUCUCAAUCCAAAUUACAUCGCAAAAUGGAAUCCUUCAAUGGAACUUGUCCAAACAGUGUGAGUACAGGACUAACCCAAUUACUGUUUUCUCAAUUAUUAUCGACCUUGGUGAAUUCCUACUGUGAUCACACCGUUUAUCCGGCCGAUCAAAGUGAAGAAAUCAUCAAAACGAACAAUGAAUUUGAUUUUAUCGUUGUCGGAGCAGGUUCUGCCGGAUCUGCAUUGGCGAAUCGUUUGAAUGAAAUAAGCUCGUGGAAAGUAUUAUUAAUAGAAGCUGGACCUGAUCCUCCGAUCGAAUCUGAUAUCCCAGCCUUAAGCAACUCACUUUUAGGUACAAAAUACGACUGGAAGUAUAAAGUAGAAAAAUCAGAAAAAAGUUGCCGAAGUAUGGUUGACAAUCAGUGUCUUUGGCCACGAGGAAAAGUACUGGGAGGGAGCAGCUCGAUCAAUGCCUUAUUAUAUGUGCGUGGUAAUGCCAAAGAUUACGAUAACUGGGAAAGUUUAGGUAAUCCUGGGUGGAGUUAUGAAAAUGUUCUGAAAUAUUUCAAGAAGUUGGAAUCUGCUAAUUGGGAAUCGAUGGAAAAGGAAGCCCAUGGAUAUGAGGGUUACGUCCAUGUAGAAGACUUUCAAGAUGCAGAUCUAACGCAUAAUAAAUUUAAUAAGGACCUGCUGGUGAGAUUAUAUGGAGAAUUAGGAUUACCAUUUAUCAAAGAUAUGAGUGCAGAACAAAAAUCUGGAAUUACUACGAUCCCAGGUACAGUGAAGAAUGGCGUCAGAUGGAAUACUGCCAAAGCUUACCUGGCUCCUAUUAAAGAUAGACAGAAUUUAUCAGUGAUGAAAGAAACCUUGGUCACUAAAGUAUUGAUCGAUGGCAAUAAGAAAGUUUAUGGCGUCAAAGUAUUUAGAAAUAACGUUUAUCAAGAAAUAAUUGCCAAAAAAGAAGUCAUAUUGACCGCAGGGGCACUGAAUUCGCCGCAGAUUCUAAUGCUUUCAGGAAUUGGUCCGCGAGAUCACUUGACUGAUUUAAAUAUUCCACUGAUCAAUGAUUUGAAAGUAGGUUACAAUUUGCAAGACCAUGUAUUCCUGAUUAAUCUACUGGCUAGGAACACCGCCAAAGAGUUCAAAGAAGUUUCCCCACACGACCUAUUGUAUUCGUAUUUGACUAAGAAGACUGAGUGGGGAUCUAUGGGCAUCCUUGAUACAAUGGUAUUUGUUGACACUCAGAAUAUGACAAAUGAUUAUCCGGAUAUUCAAAUACAUCAUUUCAGCCAUCCGGUUAAAACUAACGCAUUACCUGAUUAUCUGAGAACUGUUAAUUUACCAGAGGAACUUAUCGAGAAGUAUGUAAAAGAAAACGAGAAACAUAAUUUGAUUCACAUCAAUCCAACUUUACUGCGACCCAAAAGUAGGGGUAGAAUAAUGCUCAAAAGUAAUAACCCAUUUGACCCGCCAAAAAUCAUUACUGGGUACUUGACCGAAUCUGAUGACGUAACAACUCUCAUACGAGGCAUAAAAUUGAUUCGUAAACUCGCAAGUACGGAAGCGUUUAAAUCUUGCUGUGAACUAAUCGAAAUUCAACCUCUAAAUGAUUGCAAAAAUUUGAAACCAUCAACGGAUGAAUAUUACGAAUGUCUUAUUCGUAAUUUUGCUCAGACUGUGUAUCAUCCAGUGGGUACUUGUAAAAUGGGCCCUAAAAGCGAUAAAAAUGCUGUGGUUGAUGCAAGACUCAAAGUAUACGGUGUGGAAGGGUUGAGAGUGGCUGAUGCUUCAAUAAUGCCGAGAAUAGUUAGUGGAAAUACCAACAUCCCUGUGAUUAUGAUUGGAGAAAAAGCAGCAGAUCUGAUAAAAGAAGACUGGCUCAAUGAAUUGAGCCAUACAGAAUUGUAAAAAUUUCUAAAAUAGAUGAGUAUAGGCCUAUGCUUCUUCGAGUUGUCAGUGCUGCCUUUAUUUGAAAUUUUGUAUCUUGAAUUUUAUUUUGUAUUUUUUUUUUUGUGAUUUCUGUUCAAUAUUUGCAUAAAAAACGUUUAGAAUAAAUUCGCACACUUA